CGCGAGGGAGGUGUGCGUGACGUGCUCUAGCGUCGCAUUUUGACCUCUUGUAAGGGACUUUAUCCAUAUCGGCGCUGGGGGAGAACACGUGAGAGAGAUCGUUGAAUCGAAAACCGCCAAGAUGUCGAUCGUCAUAGAUGAAGAAGAGUAUAAGGAAAAGCUGAUAAGGACGAUGAAGAAAGAGGUGAAGCAAAUCAUGGAGGAGGCCGUGACGCGAAAGUUCGUCCACGAGGAGAGCAGCAGCAUCACUUCGCUCUGUGGCGCCGUCGAGUCCUGCCUCUCCCACGGGCUAAAGCGGAGGACCCUCGGCCUGUUCAAGACGUCCUCGACCACAGCGCUCAUCCAUAAGGUCGGCAAGUCCUUCGAACCAGCCUGCAAGGUGUCCAAGAUCGUGCAAGACCUGGAGUGCACGGAGCUCGGGAGACGCAGCAGCGGCAGCGGCGACUCGAGCUCCCGCCUGGGGAAGCCGCCCCUUGUCAAGAAGAACUCGGGGCCGGCGGCGGGCUGCCAAAGGUACCUGUGGAUUCGGGUCGCGCUCUUCGAGAAGGUGCUCGCCAAGAUCAUCGACUACCUGGUGCAGAAUAGCAACAAAUACUACGAGCGGGAUUCCCUUGUCGCCGACCCUGACUACGGCACCAUCCUCAGCUCGCUUCUUGUGGGUCCGUGCGCCCUGGACUACAGCAGGAUGAAGACUGUGGACCACCUGUGGACGGACCCCCCCGCCGACGAGCUGGUCCAGAGACACAGGAUUUCGUCGGGGCAUUUCUCGGGCCCGGCCACGCCCCCUCAGCCCCGGACGCGACCCGGCCUGCACUACCGCAAGCCAGUGGGCGGCAGCAGCGAGGAAGUGGGCGGACCUCAGCGCAGCGCCCCCGUCAACGCCCGUGAUUAUGUAGAGAGUCUGCACCAGAACAACAAGGCGACGCUGCUCUACGGGAAGAAUAACGUGCAUGUGCAGCCAAAGGAGCAGAUGGAGGCCAUGCCGGGGUACAUGUCCCUCCACCAGACGACGGAGGGCCUGGUUAUCAAGUGGACGCCCAACCACCUCAUGAACGGAGGUUAUGUUUUUGACGGCGUUGAUGAAAGCAUUUAUUGGGAAUACGCCCUCAAUGUGCGUGUGGAGGAGAUAGUCUACGUUCACUGUCAUCAGCAAGGAGACUCCGGAGGCACCAUCGUCCUCGUGGGGCAGGACGGCACGCAGCACCCCCCGAUCCACUUCCCGAAGGGCGGCCACCUCCUUGCCUUCUUGUCCUGCCUGGAGAAUGGCCUCCUGCCGCACGGGAGACUCGAUCCGCCGCUGUGGUCGCAGAGGGGCAAAGGCAAAGUGUUCCCAAAGCUCCGCCGAAAGGCACGUGCGCUCACCAGCAAACAGAGUGGAACAGACAGUGAAGACGAGGAGGCUACUGAUUAUGUCUUCAGGAUCAUCACAGCACUGAAACCUGAUCGCAUUUCACACCUGGAACUGAUGUCUCCGCUUCUUCGUGGAGGCUCAGGCUGGCUACCACGUGUUCCCAAGCUCUCGUCUCACUCCUCAUCUACCUCCUCCUCCAAAUCGCUAAGUCUUGGGGACUCUAUGAGUGAAGUCCUACCUCCUCCUCCUACACCUAACCCCAGUGUGGAUGUGCCUGUGCCCCCACCGGAGCAAGUCAGUGUCAAGGGAACAAGUAAUACUGCAACUGAAAAGAACAGUGAUUCGCUGGAGCUUCUGUGUGCCACAAUGAAGCAUCAAAUAAUUUCACGGGCAUUUUAUGGCUGGUUAGCCCAUUGCCGACAUCUCAGAACAGUUCGCACUCAUUUGGCUGGCUUGGUGUUGCCAUCAGCUUCCACACCACCACACAAUCCUGAGUGGGAGGAAGGAGUGACGGAGGAUGUGUGGAAGGCAUUGCACGUCGAUGGUAGAUUGACCAAGCAGGAGGAACUGCUUGCCCGAGUGUACCUUGGGGGCGUUUCUUCUCAGAUCAGAAAGGAGGUUUGGCCUUAUCUUCUUAAUCAUUAUGACUUCGGAAGUUCUGUUGAGGAAAGGGAAGAACAGGACCGACGGAUCCGGCAGACUUAUGAAACAACAAUGUCUGAGUGGCUGGCUGUUGAAGCUAUUGUGAGGCAGAGGGACAAGGAGAUCAUGGCAAUGAACAUGGCCAAAUUGUCUUCUGAGUCACAAAAUGGAGAAAUACCUCUUGUGGGAAGAGACAGAUCCCUCAGUAAUGAGGUAUUUGAACCUGACACUCUCAGUAUUGGGUCAGUAGACAAUCCUGGCAUCGUGCAAGAGGAAGAUGAAGAUCUUGAUGACUUCGGCCAUAUAGAGAACAACCGAGAUGCUGACAAGGAAAGCAUUGACAUUGAUCCAGAAACCAGCCAGACCAAUCACAAUAAUAUGAUUAAUAAUGAGCAAAAUGAUGAAGAAAGUGGAAGCAGCAAAGAGAAGACGCGACAAGAAAGUAAAGAGGAUGACACAGCAGAAGUAACCAGCCCUACAUGUGUGGUGACUCCAGAUGAAGGUGUUGUAGAGGGCACUGAUGAUGGUGUGGAAAUGGACAGCUUGGGGGACUUUCCUGCAGCAAAUGAUUCCACAAAUGGAACUCCAGCCUGUGCUAGAGCCUCCUUCACCGAGGAGACAUGUAUUCCUCCCACAACCACCCCAGUUAUAGUUAGCAAAGCCUCCCUUGACAGUGGCAGCCACUCUGACGUAGUGAACGGCGCAGAGGAGGAGGCGGCAGCAGAUGACGAGGUGAAGGGCAUCACAGGGAGCGGGACGGGGGACGAGCUGGCCAAGGAGAACGGGGAGACCGCCGCUUCAGACACCUGGGGGGGUGGCAGUGAGGACAAGAACAUGGACACCUUGGCUGUUGAGGAGAACCAGGACGGACACAGUCUGGAGUCCAGAUCCUCGUGCAUCUCCCCUGCGUCCUCUCAGGGGGGCGUCUAUUCGACGGAGCUUCUAGAGACCUUCGGCCUAAAUCUUCACCGCAUAGACAAGGAUGUCCAGAGGUGUGACAGGAACUACUGGUAUUUCACAACAGAUAAUCUUGAAAAGUUGAGGAAUGUCAUGUGCACGUAUGUUUGGGAACACUUGGAGACAGGGUAUAUGCAAGGCAUGUGUGACCUUGUUGCUCCCCUGCUCGUUAUCUUUGAUGAUGAGGCAGCGACUUACUCCUGUUUCUGCCAGCUCAUGGCCCGCAUGUCCCACAAUUUCCCCAAUGGUGGAGCGAUGGACCAGCACUUUGCCAACAUGAGAUCCCUGAUUCAGAUUUUGGAUUCAGAGAUGUUCGAACUAAUGCACCAGAAUGGAGACUACACACACUUCUAUUUCUGUUAUCGCUGGUUCCUUUUAGAUUUUAAAAGAGAAUUAGUUUACGACGAUGUUUUCAUGGUGUGGGAGGCCAUCUGGGCAGCACGCCACGUCUCCUCGGCCCACUUCGUCCUCUUCAUUGCUCUGGCGCUUGUGGAGUAUUACCGGGAUAUUAUCCUCGAUAACAACAUGGACUUCACGGACAUCAUCAAGUUUUUCAAUGAAAUGGCAGAACGUCACGAUGCCAAGAUCGUCCUCCACACGGCACGGAAUCUGGUCCUGCAACUUCAGACUCUAAUUGAGAACAAGUAGACAGCUUGAUGUGUCUCAUGUGCCAAAUCUACGUAUGUUUCACUUUCAUAGAUACAUUUAUUGAUU